GCAGGCGGUUCACACACUGGCAACGUUAAGUGAAGUGAAGAGGACUGUACAGUACCCCAAAAUUAUCUUUAAAUAAUAAGAGGUCUACAUUCUGACGCAGUGGACGACAUUAUCUGACAUGUUUGGUGAUUAUGGUGGCAACAGUCGGCAGCCCUGCAUACUAGGGAUGGCUGCGUACAUUAUGACCUGAAUAUUAGAUCGGCAUAGCAGCAUCACACCAAGCCGCUGGACCACUGCCACCUACAAUCUCAAGCUCCUCUGGUCUCCUUGCCUCUGCCUCCCCCGCGCACAGCAACAGGCCAGCAAGGGUUGAGGUGAUCGGACUGGGAACUCCCCUCGCCUGUAUUUUUAUUUCCUAAUGCUGCAGCGGGCGUGCGUGGUACUGGCCGUGGUGGUGGUGGUGGUCGUGAGUCAGGCGGCAGCAGGGCCCCACUACAACGUGUACAAGAAUGAUGACUGUUCCACCACCAUCCUGUACACCACCACCAAGGGAGAAACGACCAAAACGGUUCACCAGGCGCGGUACGUCAUCACCUCCACUAAGACGGUGACGGAGACCACGCUCGGCGACUACCACCACUACGGGCACGUGCACACCAAGACCGUGACGGAGGAAUGCGACGAUCGCACCUACACCAAGUACGUGCUGAAGCCUGUGACGGUGACGGAGAGCAUCACGAAGUUCGAGGACAAGGAGAAGACUGUGACGCACCUGAAGGAGACCACGCAGACGAUCACCAAGACGCAUUGUGGUUACGGCUACCGGCACUACUGAAGGAGGCGCUGACGGGGAUGUGUGUCUCAGUCUGGGAUGGGUUACUGUGUUGUAUUUAACCUUUUGAUUCAACGUAAGAGUAUAAGGAUCUAAGAAAACAAGAGAAGCUGCACUACUGAAGAAGGUGCUGAAGAGAAAGUGUGUGUGAGUCUGGAAUGCUUUGCUGUGUGGUAUUUAACUUAAUAUAUUUAUAUUUUGAUUGAAUAUAAGGAUGUAAGAACCUACGAAAACUAGGGAAGUAGCAAGACACCAUCAAGUCUACACGUGGCAGUCCAUGUGGAAAACAUUCCUAAUUAUUUCUACCAAUCAUUCUCAUCCAUAACUUUGUCUGAUCUUUUAAAGCCCAGUGAUCACUCUGAACUAAUAACCUGAUUGAUUACGGAGUCUAUUCCAUCCAUAUACCACUUUAUUUGAGAACUAGUUUCUUCCUAUCUCUUUCCUAAAUUUAACUUUAUCAAGCUUCUUACUUCAUCUGAGGAACUCUACGGAAUUCUGCUGAACAAAAGUAAAGCCGCGCACUAUGAGAUUUCAAGCACUCGAUCACUCCUUUCGCUAACGUUGCUGGCCUUUAAAAAUGUAUCAUGAACUUGCACCACAGCAUUUCAUCAACAGAUCGAAAGGUCAGUCUGUCUAGCGAUCCACACAAGGACCUAACCUAACACGUCAACUCUUCUGGCGACCCUCACGAAGGUUCUGUUACGGUGUUAGUGAAAGCAUCGCCUCACACCACACUCACAACACAUCUCCGCAGCCUCUCAUCUUCAUUACCUCAACACACCUGCUUCUCAGCUCCUCAUCUUGUCUACCUCAAUAAUUGCUGCAUGCUUCCUCUCCUCUCCCUUUCCUUUUAAGCUUGAAAGGAAGCCAUAUAGCAAUGAAAGUGCGUAAUCCUGUAGAUUCAAGGAAAUACUAACAGUAAUUCAGGAUUAUGAUGCUGUGAGCUUAAGAAAAUUAAUUGGUUGAUUAAUUGAUUGACUACCUGAUUGAUUGGUUUAAGAAAUGCAACAAUAAAGUGUAGGUUCUGGGAAGUGUUAACAGUAAGUCUUGAUUAUAUGAUGUUACAAACACAGGAAAAUUGAUUGGUUGAUUAAUUGUUUGACUGAUUGAUUAAUUGAUUGAUUAAUUUUAGUAACACAGCAACAA